GGGGCCGGUGGCGCUGUCCGGUGCUGAAGCCGCGGCGGCGCGGAUCGCGGGAGGAGCGGCCGCCAUGGACUGAGCACCACCGACAUGGGGCCGCCGCUUGCGCUGCUGCUGCUGCUGCUGCUGCUGCCGCCGCGCCCGCCUGCCGCACCCGCACCUGCAUCCGCACCCGCAUCCCACGCACGGCUGCUCCCGGGGCUUCUCGGCUGCUUAUUGGACGAAGGCCUUUGCAGACCGUCUGAGACCUGUGUGAACGAUGGAGUGUUUGGAAGGUGCCAGAAGGUUCCAGCACUAGAUAUAUAUCACUAUGAAGUGCCGCCAGGGGUUCUGCAGCACCUGACGGCCACAUUGCGGAAGCUUUCCCGCACAGGUUUCUCGUGGCAGGAUGACUACACCCAGCGUGUGAUGGCCCGGGAGCUCUCACACCUGCCCAGGACUUACCCACGGCAUCCUGAGGCUGUCCACCCAGCCAGGGGCGCGAAGCAGAGUGCUGAUGACGAAACGAGGUACAGUCUGGAUGGCAACGUUGGGCGGGCCGCGGCCCUCGAGCGCUACCUGGAGGCCCUGUCCCAGGCCACUGCCCCGAACGUGCUGCCCAGGACGACGCAGGACAGACCGCCAGCUCAGGAUGAGGACCCCCGUGCUGAGAGCGCGCUGACCUACGUGGCCCAAACAUCAGCUCUGACCUACGCCCCUGCCUCCCGGGCCAGGUACCCCAUGAGUGGCCCACUACGGACCCUCAGCCGGCGUCAGCCUGACGAGCUCAGCCCCAAGGUGGACGGUGGUGUGGAGAAGCGGAAUCUUGUCGCUGCGCUGGGCGCCUACCUGGCUAUGAAGCCCCCUGAAACCCCCAAGAAGGGUGACCCCAGGCCAAACAAACUGCAGUUUCCUUGGAGGGUGCCAAGGGUCCCUUCAGCAGCGGUGGCCCCGCAGAAAUGGUCUGCACCUCCAGAAGACCUCAAAGAUGCCCCGGGUACAGGCGAUGAGUCGCCCACCCCAAGUCUCCUGAAGGACCUGAGAAAGCACCAGGUUCAUGUGGAGAGACUGAGCCCCCUGGACCUCGACCAGAUGGCCCGCGCGAUCGCAGACGCCGUGCACGGGGUGGGUGAAGAAGGGGCGUGGGAAGGCCCUGGCAGAGGAGCCGGAGGAAACACGGGAGAGCCGGCAGGCAGCUCGGAAGAACCGCUAUCCGAGGGCAGCGAGCGGGGCAGAGACGGCCCGCGAGAGAGCGGGGUACAAGACGACGACGGCCGGGUUUCUGAAGAGGUCAACCGUCUGAGCCCUGAACUCGGUGGCCUCCUGCAGGAUCCCGGGUCUCGACUCUUGCCUGGAGCUCCACCUCUUGCAGAGUCCUUCAAAACUGAGAGCAAGAAAUCGGAGGAGCCCGAGGUCUCCUUGUCGUCAGAGGAGGAGGGAGCUGGAGUGGAAAACGUGAAGAGUCACACGUACUCCAAAGAUGUGCUGGAGAGGCCGCCACAUUCGCAGCGCUGGGGCGACGGGUUUGGGGAGUCCCAGCACUGGGUUCCAGGGCCCUUGCAAGAGGACCAGCCGCUCGAAGCAGGAGCUCAGGGAUGGCCGAGCGACAGCCUGAGACUGGAGGCCAAGUCUUCUGCGGAGGAGGAGUAUGGCUACAUCGUGACGGAAAACGACCCCCUGAGCCCGCAGAAGGGGAAGGAGCUGACGGCGGCCGUCGCACGUCUCCUGCAGGUGCCGAUGAGUGUCUUCGCAGACAUCGAGGUUCUGGGACCAGCAGUGACAUUCAAAGUGAGCGCCAACGUCCACAACGUGACAACUGCGGAUGUGGUGAAGGCAGCAGUCGACAACAAGGACAAACUGGAAAGAUUGUCGGGACUGAAAAUUCUUCAAGCCAGAGUCGGAUCGAAAAGCAAACUGCAGCCCUUGCCUCAGCAGGCAGAGCAAGAGGACUCCACCAAGUUCAUCGUGCUCACCUUGACCUCCAUCGCCGCCAUGGCGGGCGUCCUGCUGGCUUCCGGGCUCAUCUACUGCCUGCGGCACAGCAGUCACUACCGCCUCAAGGAGAAGCUGUCAGGCCUAGGGGGCGACCUGGGCCCAGAUGCCACUGCUGCCUACCAGGAGCUGUGCCGGCAACGCAUGGCUGUGCGCACGUCCGACCGCCCGGAGGCCCCGCACGCGUCCCGUGUCAACAGCGUGUCCUCACAGGUCAGCGACGGGCCGAUGCCCAGCCCCUGUGCACGAAGCAGCACCUCGUCCUGGUCCGAGGAGCCCGCAGCCCCCAACAUGGACAUCUCCACCGGCCACAUGGUCCUGUCCUACAUGGAGGACCACUUGAAGAACAAGAACCGGCUGGAGAAGGAGUGGGAGGCGCUGUGUGCCUACCAGGCAGAGCCCAACAGCUCGCUCGUGGCCCAGCGGGAGGAGAACGCGCCCAAGAACCGCUGCCCGGCCGUCCUGACCUACGACCACUCCAGGGUCCUGCUGAAAUCGGAAAACAGCCACAGCAAGUCAGACUACAUCAACGCCAGCCCCAUUAUGGAUCGCGACCCCAGGAACCCUGCAUACAUCGCCACCCAGGGCCCGCUGCCGGCCACCGUGGCCGACUUCUGGCAGAUGGUGUGGGAGAGUGGCUGCGUGGUCAUCGUCAUGCUGACCCCCCUGUCGGAGAACGGCGUGAGGCAGUGCUACCACUACUGGCCAGACGAAGGCUCCAACCUUUACCACGUCUAUGAGGUCAACCUGGUCUCCGAGCACAUCUGGUGUGAGGAUUUCCUCGUGAGGAGCUUUUACCUGAAGAACCUGCAAACCAAUGAGACGCGCACGGUGACCCAGUUCCACUUCCUGAGCUGGUAUGACCAGGGCGUGCCUUCUUCCGCGAGGUCACUUCUGGAUUUCCGCAGAAAAGUAAACAAGUGCUACAGGGGCCGUUCUUGUCCAAUAAUUGUUCAUUGCAGCGACGGCGCAGGCAGGAGCGGCACCUACGUCCUGAUCGACAUGGUUCUCAACAAGAUAGCCAAAGGUGCUAAGGAGCUGGACAUCGCUGCCACCCUGGAGCACCUACGGGACCAGAGGCCGGGCAUGGUCCAGACCAAGGAGCAGUUCGAGUUUGCGCUGACAGCAGUGGCCGAGGAGGUGAAUGCCAUCCUCCAGGCCCUCCCCCAGUGAGCCACCGCCCGCGGAUGCUGCUGGCGACAGCGAUACGGCGUCAUGUGUCUUCUCGUGUGACUGCCUAGUGACGCGUCCUUCAAAUCCUGUAGCCACUACAGCUUAGCAGUUAAAAUGUGUAUUUUUGUUUAACCAAAUUAUAAUGAGAGAGGUUUGUGCGGAGAUCCAAUUCCGGGGGCAACCAGUUCCCUAUUUGCCCUUUCUUGAAAAAAAUGUAGUUUUCCUUAAAGCCCACAUGUUCGUUCUCCACUGCAAACAGUGUCGUGUUAAUACUGGCCCAUUUCAUGCCUCAGCUUGUAAUCCGUGAGCUCCUGCAGGUGGGUCGGUCGGCGGGGCGGGCGGGGCCGGGGAGGCUGGCCGAGGGCCACCAGUGGACAGAGCACACCUGCCAUUUGUCUUUAAGACGGUUCCUGGCCGGGAGAGUUCACUGGCUUGUCUGGGAGUUACAGGGACAGAACUGCUGUCAUUUUGCGACUUUGGGGCAAAUCCUAAGAAUAUCAUCACAGCAUUUCUGUUCUGUUCCUGUGCCCACAAGCGCUGGUGACAGCCCCCCCAAGGAUGGUCAGGGGGUCUCCCGGGGGCAAGACUUGUCCCACCCGAGUGCCUGCUUCCGAGGCCAGCCACCCCAGGUGACGUCACUUUGGCAAGGUUUUAGGUGAGCCCCACCCUCAAGACAGUUUUGUGACUGUAGAAACUGACUCACACUUUGCAAAACCAGAUGAACACUUUCCUGCAGGAUAACCAAAAUCAGGGAGAACAAACACAGGCAUGGACGUGCUCCCGUCAUUCGCCCGUGUUCCCUCUCGGGGACGUCCUGGGCCCUGCUGGCAUCCAGAGAAGGCGAGGAACAGGGGCAAUGCAGUGCCAGCCGGGCCUCCUCCCGGGGAGUCAGGCCUCUGGUCACAGGUGGGCCACUUGUCUGACAUCAAACAGACACGACAGCUAGAGGUGGUUUGGAUUGUGCCAAAGUGACACCGGGCGUCAGGUUUACUCCACACCCCGACACCGGGGAGUCAUUUCAUUAAACGCAGCACGACCACAUCUAAGAAGGCAGCUCUGUGAUGCAGGUUUCGUUUCAGGGUUGGGCACAGACGGACAUGCCGUAUUACACCAUUCUUUCCACCUUAAAUAAAAACGUCACAUCCCAAAACCACGAGGAGAGGGAAAGUGGCUGAAUGGGGGCGGGUGCCAAAUACUUUUGUGUCUCUAACGGUAUUAUCUUGUAUGUCUGCUUUAAUCGCUAUAAUUUUUGCCAAAGUUGUUUCUCUUCAUCUGUACUCUAACUAACUGAUAGAAACUAAUUUAUCUGAAUAUAGGAAGCUACACUACUGUCACUUCUAACUUCUUAUGUUUCAGAAGCAAUCCUGCCGAGUGAAAUACGUAAAUAUAUUUAAUUGUGCCAGAUUAAAUUUCCCAUUUCACAUCUG